AUAUAUAUAUAAGCCUUCUAAAACCAUCUAAUUAGCAUACAUCCAUAUACCCAUUGGAGAUGGAUUCAAGGGUAGAGUACAAUAUCUUGAUAGUUUUCUUCUUGUGCUUUCUAUUGCUGAGCCACGCUGAGGGAGACUCAACUUGGGAGUUAUCGAGAAAGCAAGAAUUCCAAUUUGAGCAGCAACUUCUAAACCUUAAGAAGUCUGCAAUCAAAAGCAUUCAAACAGAUGGAGACAUAUACGAUUGUAUUGACUUCUACAAACAGCCAGGAUUCAGUCACCCUUUUUGGAAGAAUACCCCAUUUCAGACGAAACGUAAAUUAUUUAUGGAAGCAAUGAAAACCAAUGUGAGUCUACCAUUGAGUUUUGGUCUAAAAGAUGGAGGUUGUCCAUAUGGAACAGUUCCAAUUAUGAGAAUUGAUGAAGAUGGCUUGACAAGAGCCAAAAUGAGUUCAAAAUUGUAUUUGACAGAACCAGGACAUCAUUACGCAAUACUUCAAACAAAGCCUGAUCUAACUAAGAAGAUUGAGGGAAUUCAAGCAUCCUUCAGUUGCUUCAACGCCAAAGGAAUCGAUGGAUCGCAAUAUAGUUCAUUUCGGAUGAUGCUUUCAAACAAUCUUGACAGCAUAAAAACGGGAUUGACGGUAAAUCCAUUGCUAUUUAAAGACAACAAAACUCGUAUAUUUACACAUGUCGUGAUGGACGGGAGAACACAAUGUUUUAAUUACCAAUGUCCGGGAUAUAUACACCUCAAUCCACAAAUACCUCUAGGUAAUCCAAUCAAUCAUGUUUCAGUUGUCGGUGGAGAUCAGCAGUAUGCUACAAAAUUGCAAGUCCGUAAGGAAUAUAUAAAUACAACAGAAUUGGGGUGGACAUUACGAGUAGAAGAAAAUAUCGUACUGGGUUUUUGGCCAACAACUAUAUUCAACAAAUUGAGGGAGUUUGGUAACUAUGCUGAUUGGGGAGGAGAAGUUUACAGUCCGUUGGAUCAACCUAGUCCUGCUAUGGGUACCGGCAUCCGUCCACGUGGAUACCAAUGGUCCACUGCCAACUCGGCACAUAGUCGUUUUGUUGCAAUUAUAUAUGAAGAUUUUCAAUCUGAAUUCGAGAGACCCAGUUACGUUGAUACAAAAGUGUAUGAAUCUGAUCCAAAAACAUACACUAUUUUAAAUAUUGGUCAUAGGAAGAAAAUGUUUGGAGACUAUUUGAUUUUAUAUGAUGGGCCAGGUGGAAUAACAAGCAAUUGAACUAA